AUGAAAGUGACCGUUUCGUGUGCGUCGGUGCAAACCAGCUUCGAUAUUUUGGACGAAGCCGCCGAAGAAGCCUCAAUUUCGACUUUGGGGCAGCUCCGCGAGCGUAUUUCCGCCGUUAACGAUGUGGAUGUGGAUACUAUGAAACUUUUGCAUAGAGGUACGAUUUGUAAGCCGUAGCGGUAUUAAUUCCAUUGAAAAUAUCGGAACAUUCAUAAAAAUCGCUAUUUUCCAGGAAAAUUCCUGCAAGGAGCCGACGAUGUGUCCCUGGCGACGCUAAACUUCAAGGAGAACGACAAAAUCAUCGUGAUGGGCGGUAAAAACGCGAUGGUCGACGAUCAGGGCUUCAGAAUGCUUUCGCAAUACGAAAAACACAAUCUGAGCAAUCUGCAGAAGACGUACGACGUCAAUUUGAAGGACGUGGCCGAUUUGGAGCGCGGAUUUCUCGAAAAGCCGAAGCAAGUGGAAAUGGCGAAGAAAAUGGAGAAGAAGGUGAAGUGGUUCAACGAGGAAUCGGAGCGACAUCUCGAGACGCUCGACGGAAUGAAUAUUGUCCAUGACGGCACUUCCGAGAAUCAGGUUUGUAUGCUUUUUUUCAAGAAAUCAGAAUUUAAAAUCAUUUUUCAACUGAAAAUCUAGCGAAUCUAGCAAAAAUAACUAUUGUAGGCUCGUCGGAAUCGCGAGAAGCGCAAGACGCUCAUCAACGGAAUCCAGCAGCUGCUCAAUCAAAACGACGCGCUCCUCCGGCGUCUUCAGCAGUAUCAGGCCGUUUUGAACGGCGACGUCAUCGAAUAA